AUGACGGGAACCGAGAAGUUGCCUCUUUUAUUAAUCGGAAAGUCGGCAAACCCAAGGUGUUUUAAGGGAGUGAAAACUUUACCGAUUGAGUACAAAAACAACAAAAAAGCGUGGAUGACUAGUGCAUUAUUCGAAGAAUGGAUUCGAAAACUUGACCGGAAGAUGGCUGCAAGUAAAAGAAACAUUUUGCUGAUUAUUGACAACUGCACUGCUCAUCCCGCAAUCGGCAAUUUAAAAGCCAUAAAAUUGGAAUUUCUCCCUCCUAAUGUCACCGCAAUACUUCAACCCUUAGAUCAGGGAGUUAUACAUUGCUUCAAAUCCAACUAUCGAAAAAUGUUAGUCAGAAGAAUGAUUGCCGCUAUGGAAAACAAGAAGACGUACGACAUUGAUAUCCUAGGUGCUAUGCAUCUAGCCAAAUCAGCAUGGAAUGAUGUUCCACAAAACACAAUCGCACAUUGUUUUCGUCAUGCCGGCUUUAAAACGAAAGAAGAAUUUCAGAAAGAGUUGGGAAAUCAGUCAGCUGAAUUUCGACCGUUGCCGGAACCCUUAUCGCCCGAUGCUCCUGUAGAUGAAACUCCAGACACUAAUGAAAUGACCCAGCUCCUCAGUGUGAAAUUUCCGGAUCAUCAAUUAUCUUUUGAUGAGUAUGUUGUGGUAGACGAAAAUUUACAGUGCUGCGAGGAAAAUUUGAAUGAGGAGUGA